CAGAAUGGGCCUUUUAUAACAGAAAUAGCACUGUGUUCAUUUUUUGUCGUUUUCCCCAAAGUUGCGCUUCGCUUGGUUCCGACGAAUCCACCGGCGACGAGCGAAAUUUCGAGAAUCGCGGCCGCGAGAAGUGCAAGGUCAGUGAAUACGAAGAUGACUAAAGAUGGACUCACAUUUCGGAUGUCGAGAGAAUCGGAGUCGGCUUCUCGACUUAAAUUCUUCAUCUCCGAUAUGCUUCCUCGCUUCACUGACGAUUACUCCGACGACCUCGCUGAGUAUGUUACGGUGCUUGUUUGUAAUGGAAAGAAUCAGAGACAGGUAAGCGAAGAUUUGGAGGCAUUUCUUAGGGAGCAAUCUUGGAAAUUUGUUACCUGCUUAUGGGAGCUUCUAGUGAACUACUUCUCUCAAAUUAAUUCUGCUUCUGGACCUAAGACUGCUGUUGACUUUGGCGUUAAUGAUACUCUAAUUGAACAAGGUUUAAGCUCCAAAAAGCAUGAUGAUUAUGAUUGCAAAGCUGCCGGUGCUACUAAUUCGAUGAAUGAACAGCUGAUAUCAGUUACUGCUCCCAUAGAAGACAUCGAGGCUCCUGUAUCACCAAAAGUUGAAAAAAUGAAGGUGUUACGACAAGAGCUCAUUGAUAGCCCUUGUAGAAGGGCACAACGAAGAAAGAAAGAAGAUUGGAACUCGUCUGGUUACUCUAGAAAAAUACUGCGCUCGGUCAUCGUUUCAGCCACUAGGCAACCAUGUGAUAGGAAUCCUGCUAAAUAUGAAAAGUCUAUGAAUGAAAGGAGUAGAAUCCUAAAGAAGCACCCAUACUUGCCAGAAAGAGAACUGGAUUCUCAGUUUGUUCCAAUAGGAAGAGCUGUGUCUGCAAGAUACCAUGAUGCAUCUCCACACCAAGAAACGGCGCCUCAUGUUAGUGUCUGGGAUCGUUUGGGACGAGCAAGCUCCAAACGUGUUCUUGACUCAGAAAGCCGUACAUUGUCUAAGUCUGAUAUCAAGGCACAUGAAAACAAAGGGGUUCAGCAGCAUGGACCAGUAUUUCCUGAAGUGUAUAGUGAACAACAUAGCGAGAUAUUUCAAAGAGAAGUUCCUGCAGUUGGUUACAGGCACAGAGUUUCCCAAUCCGAUAAAGCUAGGAAACCUGAGAGUGGAAUUAUCACAUCCACUGAACCGCAUAUUGCAUAUAACCUGAACAGAAAGAGGCGUUAUGGCAUCGUCAACCCCAAUUCAGGAGAGUUUAGCAGUGUUCUCCAAUAUAAGCAAGCUGAAGAGGAUGUUGAAAAGCCGAGCCUUCUCUCCUAUCAGUCCACAAAGCCAGAUAUCUUUUCAGAAAUAAAGAACGUGAAAGAAAAGAUGCAAGAACUAGAACUCCGAAUUAUUCAAUCAAAGCAGUUGAAGAAACAGAAAAUUGAAGAACUCAAACCCUCACCACAAUCUGGCGAAUCACAGUAUCAGCAAGAUGUCACAGAAUCAAGAAUCAUACAUGUUACUAACGUAAACUAUGCAGCAAAGAAAGAAGCUAUAUCAAUGUUCUUCAGCAGCAAGUGUGGAGCUGUCGAAAACGUGACAAUUGUAACUGAUCCAGUAACUCGGCAUCCAAAGGGUUCUGCUUUUGUGACUUUUGCUACAAAGGAGUCAGUUAACCAAGCAAUAGCUCUGAGCGGCACAAUGUUCUAUUCAAGACCUAUCAAGGUUGGGAGGCACAUGAUAGCUUCUGGAGUAGUGUCAGCACCACAGAUAGUUACUGGAAGUUAAACCAAAAGGAAUGGUAAUACACAAAGAGCCUAAAUACAUCACCUUAACGACACCGUUGUACAGUCCCUCCCUACAAUAGGACACAAGUGAAAGUCACAAUCAGUUACUCUUUGAUCAGAUUUUAGCUCACUA